AUGGCAAAGAAGAAAAAAACCACCGCAGGUCAUAAUAAUUUAACUGCUGAAGAAGCUGGUCGCGAAUUUGGCCUUUCUGUUCGAGAAUUAGAAGCAUUAAUGCAAACACGAGGUCAUGAAGGUAUUCAAGAACUUAAUGAAACAUAUGGUGGUCUUAGUGGUCUUGCACAAAAGCUUAAAACAAAUUUAAUAACUGGUUUAUCUAAUGAUGAGAAUGAUUUAUCAAUGCGUGCAGCUGCAUUUGGUCGUAAUGAAAUUCCACAACAACCGCCAAAAACAUUUUUUCGUCUAAUGUUUGAUGCUCUUCAAGAUGUUACACUUAUUAUACUUAUCAUUUGUGCUGUCAUUUCAUUUGCUUUAUCAUUUUAUCAUCCAGGUGAAGAAACAUUUGAAGCUGCACAAAGACCAAAAGAAGCAAAUGUUGAAUGGAUUGAAGGUGCAGCAAUUAUUAUUGCUGUAAUUGUUGUUGUUCUAGUAACAGCAUUUAAUGAUUGGACAAAAGAACGACAAUUUCGUGGUUUACGUUCGAAAAUUGAUCUCGAUCAAAAAUUUAAUGUUAUUAGAGAAAAUACCGUACGACAAAUUCCAACAAAAGAUAUUGUUGUUGGUGAUAUAUGUCAAAUUAAAUAUGGAGAUGCAUUACCAGUUGAUGGUGUUGUUGUACAAUCAAAUGAUCUUAAAAUUGAUGAGUCAUCAUUAACUGGAGAAUCAGAUUUAGUUAAAAAACAUGAAUCAAGAGAUCCAUUUCUUCUUUCCGGUACAAAUAUUAUGGAAGGUAGUGGUAAAAUGUUAGUAUUGGCUGUCGGUGAACAUAGUCAAACUGGAAUGUCAUUUAAAUUAUUAGGCACAGCCAAAGAAGAUGGUAGUGCUAAUAAAAAAUCAGAUGCUAAAAAAAAACAAAAUGCUACUGCCGAUGCAGAGGUUAAAGAACGUCUAGUAAAUACAGAAUCGAAAGCAGAUGCAACUGUUAAUAAUCAUGAUACAACUGAAUUACAAGAAGUUGUACCUGCUGAUGCUAAACAAACAGGUAGUGAUGAUGAACCCGAGCGUCAUAAAGCUGCAGAACGAUCAAUUUUACAAGCUAAAUUAACAAGAUUAGCUAUUCAAAUUGGAUAUGCAGGAAUGACAAUUGCUAUUUUAACUGUACUUGUUCUAUUGAUUCGAUUUUCUAUUGAAGAAUUUGUUCAACGACGUGAACGAUGGAGUAAUAAAUAUUGGAGUCGAUUUGUACGAUAUUUAAUUACAGGUAUAACAGUAUUAGUCGUUGCUGUACCUGAAGGUUUACCAUUGGCUGUAACAAUAUCAUUAGCUUAUGCUGUUAAAAAAAUGAUGAUUGAUAAUAAUUUAGUUCGUCAUUUGGAUGCAUGCGAAACUAUGGGUAAUGCAACAGCAAUAUGUUCAGAUAAAACAGGAACAUUAACAACAAAUCGUAUGACUGUUGUACAAGUAUAUAUUGGAGAAAAACAUUGGAAAAAUGUUGAAAAUCCUAUUAAAGCUAAAGAAAUUGUUAUACCAGCUAGAACAAAAGAAAUUAUAUUUGAAGGUAUAUCUAUUAAUAGUAGUUAUUCAUCAAAAUUAUUACCUCCAGCAGAAAAAGAAAUUUUUCCAAAACAAAUUGGAAAUAAAACUGAAUGUGCUUUAUUAGGUUUUGUUGAAAUACUUGAAGGAAGUUAUGAUGAAAUACGUACACAUUAUCCUGUAGAAAAAUAUGUUCAUGUUUAUACAUUUAAUUCUGUAAGAAAAAAUAUGUCAACUGUUGUACGUCGACCUGAUUCAACUAUACGUAUGUAUACAAAAGGUGCAUCGGAAAUUGUUUUAAAAAAAUGUAAAACAAUAUUAAAUCGUAAUGGUGAUAUUGUACCAUUUUCAACUGUUGAUUAUGAUCGUCUUGUACAAACAGUUAUUGAACCAAUGGCAUGUGAUGGUUUACGUACAAUAUGUAUUGCAUAUAGAGAUUUUCAAUCAAUUAAUUUACCCGAUUGGGAUGAUGAAACUAAUAUUGUUGAUCAAUUAACAUGUAUAUGUAUAUGUGGUAUUGAAGAUCCUGUACGACCUGAAGUACCAGAUGCUAUAGCUAAAUGUCGUAAUGCUGGUAUAACAGUACGUAUGGUUACAGGUGAUAAUGUGAAUACAGCUCGAUCAAUAGCACUUAAAUGUGGUAUUAUAUCACCAAAUGAUAGUUUUUUAGUACUUGAAGGAAAAGAAUUUAAUCGACGUAUAAGAUCAAAACCAGAUGGAGAAGUCGAACAAAUUUUAUUUGAUAAAGUUUGGCCACAAUUACGUGUAUUAGCUCGUUCAUCACCAUUAGAUAAAUAUGUAUUAGUUCGAGGUAUUAUUGCAUCAAAAAUAAGUCCAACACGUGAAGUUGUUGCUGUUACUGGUGAUGGAACAAAUGAUGGACCUGCUUUGAAAAAAGCUGAUGUCGGUUUUGCUAUGGGUAUACAAGGUACUGAUGUAGCAAAAGAAGCAUCCGAUAUUAUUCUUGUUGAUGAUAAUUUUAAUUCAAUUGUCAAAGCUGUUAUGUGGGGUCGUAAUGUAUAUGAUUCAAUAGCAAAAUUUCUUCAAUUUCAAUUAACUGUUAAUGUUGUUGCUGUAUUUUGUGCUUUUAUUGGAGCAUGUAUUGUUAAAGAAUCUCCAUUACGUGCUGUACAAAUGUUAUGGGUUAAUUUAAUUAUGGAUACAUUGGCAUCAUUAGCACUUGCUACAGAAGUACCAACUGAAGAAUUAUUAACACGUAAACCAUAUGGACGAACACGACCAUUAAUAUCACGAACAAUGAUGAAAAACAUUCUUGGUCAUGCUAUUUAUCAAUUAGCUGUUAUGCUUUUUAUUUUAUUUGCUGGACCUAAAGUAUUUGAUAUGGAUGAUGGUCGUCCAGUUGAUAAUGUAUUUAGACCAUCUGAACAUUUUACAAUGAUAUUUAAUGUAUUUGUUUUAAUGACGUUAUUUAAUGAAAUUAAUUGUCGAAAAAUUCAUGGUGAAAAAAAUGUUUUUCGUGGAAUAUUUACAAAUCCAAUUUUUUAUGGUAUAUGGAUUGUAACAUUUGUUGUACAAAUUCUUCUUGUUCAAUAUGGUUCAUUUGCAUUUUCUUGUGUUGCAUUAUCAUUUGAACAAUGGAUGUGGUGUCUUCUUUUUGGUGUUACAGUUCUUCUAUGGAAUCAAGUAGUUAAUUUGAUCCCGGGGACACGUCAUAUGCCAAAAUGGGGUGCAGGUGAAGUUUAUGAAUCAACAUCACCGAUGGAUAUAGGUCCAGAAGGACAAUCAAGAGGAGGAGCAAGUUUAACAAAAGGACAAAUACUUUGGUUACGAGGAAUAACACGUCUUCAAACACAGCUUCGUGUGAUAGAAGCAUUUGAAGAUUCAAUCGAUCGACACCCACCAGAAUUUGCAACAUUAGAUAGGCUACGAGCCAAUACUGUACCUAAAUUAUCAUCGUAUUAUUACGAUACUCAACGUCCUUAUCCUCUUCAUACUGUAAUUACCACUGAUAAUCAAUCAUUACCAGAAAAAGUUAUUCAAGAAACUGAAGUUUAA